CAAUUGGCUUAAUUACUCCGCACUUUUUUUGCGGAGCGUGAAACGCAGCGGGGAACAUUCUUUUAUUUGUUAGCAAUUCUCGGUUUAAUUCUUUUUAUCUUUUAAACAAAGCUUAUCAUUACAUUUUUUUUCUUGAUUUAAAUAGCGAGGGAAUUCAAUCAUUGAAGAGAAGCGAACAGAAGGCGUUGCAAUUUUGUUUCUGUUUUUCUCAGAUCCUUUCAGCUCAAAAUUGAAAACCCUAAUUUCUUGAAUUUCUCAUACGAAAAAAAUGGGAUUAUGGGAAGCUUUUCUCAAUUGGCUUCGAAGUCUCUUUUUCAAGCAAGAAAUGGAGUUAUCUCUGAUAGGCCUUCAGAAUGCUGGAAAAACAUCCCUGGUUAAUGUAAUUGCGACCGGUGGAUACAGCGAAGACAUGAUCCCAACGGUAGGAUUUAAUAUGAGGAAGGUAACUAAAGGAAAUGUCACAAUAAAGUUAUGGGAUCUUGGGGGUCAACCACGUUUUCGGAGUAUGUGGGAGAGAUACUGCCGUGCUGUUUCAGCUAUCGUUUAUGUUGUGGAUGCUGCCGACUCUGAUAACUUACCUGUGUCAAGAAGAGAACUUCAUGACCUGUUAAGUAAAUCCUCACUGAAUGGCAUUCCGCUGCUGGUACUGGGAAACAAGAUUGACAAACCAGGAGCCUUGUCCAAGGAGGAUUUGACAGAGCAAAUGGGGCUCAGGUCCAUUACAGAUAGAGAAGUUUGUUGCUUUAUGAUUUCAUGCAAGAACUCAACCAACAUUGAUACGGUGAUUGAUUGGCUUGUGAAGCAUUCAAAAUCAAAGAAUUGAAGUCUCAAUGUUCCUGUACUUUCCAGCUUGUGAUUAUGAUCAGCUAUAGUUACUUGUUCGUCCAGGGUGGUCAAAUAUGACUUUGCUGUCUGUCUAACAGGGUCUGUCCAUGUCUGACCAUUGUCUUAAUUUUCCAACUUGGAUUUGAAUCAUAAUUCGUAAUUGCUAUAUAUUGUUUGGGGUGGAGCAAUGGGUUUUGGUGGGUGACUCCGGCAUAAAUUAAAUUUGUUUGCAGCCUUUUAUGUACAGAUUUUGCAUUGUAAACAUGGUACAUGUGUUGUGGUUUUGAAUCAAAUAAAGGGUUUUGAUGCAAUCCUA